GCGCCUCUCCGUGACUCUCCCGGACAUGCCCAGGGCGGCGGCAGCUCGGACACUGGCGCUGCCCGACCUGUGAAGGUAUGGCCUCACAAGUCUUGGUCUAUCCACCAUAUGUUUAUCAAACCCAGUCAAGUGCCUUUUGUAGUGUGAAGAAACUCAAAGUAGAGCCAAGCAGUUGUGUGUACCACGAAAGAAUCUACCCACGGAUCUAUGUGAAUGGUAAAAACUUUGGAAUUGCUCAUUCUCCCAACAGGGUUAGUACUUAUUUUCAGACUAAGAACCCAUUUGACAGACCUCGAGGACAGAACUUUUUGUUGCAGACAAGUGCUGUUGCUUUAAAAAAUACUGUAGGUGCUACAAAUGUAUUAGCAGCGCAGGCGCAACAACCUCAAGUUGAGGCAUCUCAGACAGGUACACAGGGAACCAGGUUAGAUUUACUGGAUGGAUCCCAGCGAUGUGGAUUGAAGCGUAAGAGUGAAGAGUUGAAUAAUCAAAGUAGCACAAUGCAGAUUGUUGAUGAACUGUCUAUAUUACCUGCAAUGUUGCAAGCAAAUAUGGGAAACCCGGUGACGGUUGUGACAACUACUGCAACUUCAAAACAGAGUGGUACCAGUGGAGAUGGAGAUUAUCAGUUAGUACAACAUGAGGUGUUGUGCUCUGUGAAAAAUACUUAUGAGGUCCUGGAUUUCCUUGGGCGAGGGACCUUUGGACAAGUAGUAAAAUGUUGGACAAGAGGGACAAAUGAGAUUGUCGCAAUCAAAAUUUUGAAGAAUCAUCCUUCUUAUUCACGCCAAGGACAAAUAGAAGUGAGCAUAUUAGCAAGACUAAGUACUGAAAAUGCGGAUGAGUUUAAUUUUGUGAGAGCUUAUGAAUGCUUUCAGCAUCGUAACCAUACUUGCUUGGUGUUUGAGAUGUUGGAACAGAAUUUAUAUGACUUUCUGAAGCAAAACAAAUUCAGCCCUCUACAACUAAAAGUAAUACGGCCUAUUCUGCAACAGGUGGCCACUGCACUGAAAAAACUAAAAAGUCUUGGUUUAAUCCAUGCUGACCUCAAACCGGAGAACAUUAUGUUGGUGGAUCCUGUCCGGCAGCCAUACCGGGUUAAAGUAAUAGACUUUGGGUCUGCCAGCCACGUGUCAAAGACUGUUUGUUCAACCUAUUUACAGUCUCGGUAUUACAGAGCACCAGAGAUUAUACUGGGGUUGCCGUUUUGUGAAGCCAUAGACAUGUGGUCGCUGGGGUGUGUGAUUGCAGAGCUGUUCCUUGGGUGGCCGCUGUAUCCAGGAGCACUGGAAUAUGACCAGAUUCGUUACAUUUCACAGACUCAAGGUUUGCCAGGAGAGCAGUUGUUGAACAUGGGAACGAAAACUGCAAGAUUUUUCUGUAGAGAAACAGAUGUACCAUAUUCUGGUUGGAGGUUAAAGACACUGGAAGAGCAUGAGACAGAGACAGGGAUGAAGUCUAAAGAGGCCAGAAAGUAUAUUUUCAACAGUUUGGAUGAUAUAGUGCAUGUGAACAUGGUGAUGGAUUUGGAAGGAAGUGACCUAUUGGCAGAGAAGGCAGAUAGAAGAGAAUUUGUCAGUCUGUUGAAGAAAAUGUUGCUGAUUGAUGCUGAUUUAAGAAUUACUCCAGUUGAGACACUGAACCAUCCCUUUGUUACCAUGAAGCAUCUCCUAGAUUUUCCACAUAGCAACCAAGUGAAAUCUUGUUUCCAUAUCAUGGAUGUCUGCAAAUACAGAUCUAACUCAUAUGACAUAAGUAAUUGCAAUAAAACACCACUUAUGAGACCAGUUGCCUCAGGCAGUGCUGCUAAUCUGACUGCAAACUUCACCAAAAUUGGCACAGUGAGGAGUCAGGCAUUAACUGCAUCUGCCCAUUCAGUUUUACAUCAUGGAAUACCACUGCAGGCAGGAACUGCUCAGUUUGGUUGCAAUGAUGCUUUUCAACAGGCACUGAUUAUAUGCCCCCCACCUAUCCAAGGAAUUCCUACAAACCACAGUAAGCCUACUGGUUACUCAUUAAGGGUAGAUAAUACAGUUCCAUUGGUGACACAGGCCCCUACCUUACAGCCACUACAGAUACAAGCAGGAGUCCUGUCUCAGCCAUGGUCUAAUCGAACUCAGCAAAUAUUGAUUCCUGCUUGGCAACAAAUAACACCUGUGGCUCCUUCUACUGCAACUCUAGCCUCUGAUCCAGUGGCUGGUCCACAAAGAUUUGGAGACUGGGGGAAAGUGAUUCCUCAUGGCAGCCAUUACAAUUCAGUGAUGCCACAGCCUCUCUUAAAUCAAAUAACUUUGUCUGCCACUCAGCCAAUUAGUGUGGGCAUUGCACAUGUUGUCUGGCCACAGCCUGCAGCUACCAAGAGAAAUAAACUGUGCCAGAACAGGAGUAAUGUGCUACAAAAUACCAAUAUCCAAAAUUCAGCAUUUAUAUCUCCAAAGAUAAUUAAUGUGAAGGCUGUCAAGAGAGUAAGUUGUAUAGAAGCACAGGACAAUCAUAACUCAGAAGGACAGGAGAGGAACUGUUGCAAAACAUCUGUCAGGCAGGACCCUGAUUCAUCUGUUUCAAACAAACAGCGCCAGGCUAUCAUCAUUGCAGAUUCUCCAAGUCCAGCAGUCAGUGUGAUCACCAUCAGUAGUGAUACAGAUGAAGACGAUACAGGACAAAGACAUUCACUAAGAGAAUGUAAAGGUAGCCUAGAUUGUGAAGCCUGCCAGAGCACUAUGAAUAUUGACCGUGUAUGUUCGUUAAGCAGCCCUGACAGCACUUUGAGCACCAGCUCCUCUGGCCAGUCUAGUCCAUCCCCUUGCAAAAGACCCAACAGUAUGUCAGAUGACGAACAAGAGAGUGGCUGUGAUACUGUGGAUGGUUCUCCAACCUCAGACUCUUCAGGACAUGACAGUCCAUUUGUAGAAAGCAGUUUUGUAGACAACACCAAUCAAAAUACAGAAACCAGAAACUUGGUUAACCCAGAAACCAAACCCGCUGUCUGCGCUGUUGUGGUGCCACCAAUAAGAAUAGAAAACAGAUUAAAUUUAGAUGAGCAGAUGGUGAAUACAGAUAACACAUGCCAGCCACUGAUAAAAGGCCGAUCUGUCCCUGGAAGAAUAAACCAGCCUCCUGCUGUGAGUAACCGUCAGCAAAAAUUGACAUCAGCAUUCCAUCAGCAACCUAUAAAUUUCAGUCAGAUUCAGCACUUUGGAUCUGGGCCUCAGGAGUGGAAUGGAAACUACAGUCAUCGAAGACAGCAGACAUACAUUCCAGCUGGUGUUGCCAGUCAUCCGUUCUCCCUUCCACAUGGAAGUCCAAAUCACAGUACGGUGCAUGCACAUUUAGCUGGAAGUACACACCUUGGAGGACAGCCUGCUAUUCUUCCGUAUCCAUCAUCUGCACCCCUUAGUACUGCUGCACCUGUAGCCCACCUCCUAGCCUCAUCAUGUACCUCAAGACCUAUAUUGCAGCAUCCAACCUACAAUAUAGCUCAUCCCAAUGGCAUAGUUCACCAAGUCCCAGUGGGCAUAAAUCCCCGUCUUUUACCUUCCCCAACCAUUCAUCAGACUCAGUACAAACCUAUUUUUCCACCACAUUCUUACAUUGCAGCAUCACCUGCUUACACAGGAUUUCCACUGAGUCCAACAAAACUCAGCCAGUAUCCAUUUAUGUGA